UUCCACCCAGUUCAACACGCGCUCUCUUUCUCCCUUUUUCACACGCUUUUCACACGCAUUUGACAAAAUAAUAAAAACAAUUUACGAAUUCUAGUGAAAAGUUUUAUACAUUGCCGUCUGCGAAAGGGUUUGCAAAAAGUGUUCAUUUUACCCGAAACAAUGUAAAAGUAGUAAAUAAAAUAAUAUAGUGUAAAUUCUAUUGUCUGCUUUGGUGUCAAAUAUGUCGAAAGUUGCAAUCAAAACAGAGAAGCUGGAUGAAGAGCAGCAGGAGGAGAUUGGCAUUGAAAGUAAUGUAGCAGUUGAGGAUGGUGUUGGUGAUCACAGCCAUGGAAAAGUUGCGUCGUCGACGGAUGUGAGUAAUUUAAUAGAGGCAGGUAAAAAACACUUAGAAGUGGGACGGGACACAAACAUAUCUAUGCGCCAGCUACAACAAAACCAAGCGCAACCCAAUGUUUCAACUAAAAACAGUGCAACUGACAAUGAGAUAAUUUGCAACAGAAAAGUAGCACUACCCAAAUCGCGGUGCGGUGAAGUCUUUGUAUCCAAUAAUGCACGGCAGUGGACAUUUAUUUGCACCUAUUGUAACAAAAGUACACGUGACAUUGGCGAAUUUAUAUGCCAUAUAAAAAUUAAACAUUUGGGUGGCUAUGUCGACGAUGGCGAUGAAACAGAUGAUGGUGAAUUCGAAGGAAAUCAGCAGUCUAAUUUAUAUGAACAGGAUCAAGAUUAUUUUGAUUGCGGAAACUACUUGGACGUAAAUGUGCACACUGAGUCCGAGGACUACAGUUUAAAUGGACAAGAUCAUUCGACAGCUUACAGACAUACAGGUAUUCACAAUUCACCCCAACGUCAAGCUGUAUCUGCUGGAUCAGGCCAUAAGCAAGCUGAGCACAGUAAACAAACAGAUCCAAAUAAAAAGAGUAAAUACAAUGAUGCAGAACAUGAUGCAAACGAAUGCGAAAAUGAAACUGCAUUUAGUAAAGCUAAAGAAUCGGCAGCACAGUGGCGUGCCGAUCCAGCCAGUUUCCAAUCAUAUGCAAAUAAAUAUACUUUGAAAUCUUCAACGCCCGAUGUCAAAUUGAAAAACACUGCGAAUGGUAAUUCUAGUGCCUACGAUACUACACCUGAUUUUACUGCGGGCAAGGACGACUUUGACACAACCGGCGCCUUUGAGAAUGAUGACGAAGAAGAUUAUGAUAAUCAGCUAUUUAUUGCACCAACCGACUCAUUGGAUGCCAGCAUACUGGGGGGCGGUACUGAUAUUAGUGGUGGUGGUGAAAUGAAGGCUAAGCGUCGACAAAUACGCGGCACUGCCUAUUGUGCAUUGUGCAAUAAGACCUUCCAAUAUUACUCAUUAUAUCGAAAUCAUAUGAUAAAACAUUCGAAUGAGACCCCGUUUAAGUGUCCCAUUUGCAAGAAAGGUUUUAAAUCAAAACAAGCCAUACGCUAUCAUAUGAAUACACAUCAAAAGGAGAAGCAAUUCAAAUGUACCGUUUGUAGCGCUUCGUACGGUACCGAGAAUCAUUUCAUUGCACAUAUUAUGACACACGAAAGCGCCACUGCGUUUCCAUGUAUGGUUUGCGGCCAAGUGUUGAGCAGUAGUAAGGAGCGUGAUCUUCAUAUGGCCAAUCAUAAAGAGGAACGACCCUUCCGUUGCGACUAUUGUAACAAACUCUUCCGGUUGCGACAUCAUUUAUCGAAUCAUUUGAAGAUGCAUCGUAAAUAUCGUUGUGAUUAUUGCAAAGAGAUAUUCACUAGCGCUAUAUACUUGCGAAAACCCUACGCUUGUCCGGGCUGCGUUAAUUUGCCUGAAGCACAACAGGAUGCUGCAAAUACCGCAAGCGCGAAAGUAGGACGUGCAGCUACAAGUAACAACGUUAACCCAUUGGAAAUAUUCGAAACAGUAAUCCCUGGACAACAGCAGGGUAAUGAAUUUGCACAGAUGGUAACAGAUUCCGAAGGUGAGGGUGAAGAUGAAGAUGGCGAAAUGGAUGAUGACGACGACGAUGAUGAUGAUAAUGUGCCACAAGGCACACCAAUGGAUGAGGAUGAUGACGAUAAUGAGAAUGUCUCAAGUAGAGCUGCUGAGCAAGACGAGGACGAUGAUGAAGAUGAUGUCGAGGAAGAAAAUGGCUAUGAGAAUGGCGCUGGUAGUGGUGGCGGUGGACAGACACUCGGCACUUAUGGUGUUGGUGGUGGCGUUGGCGGUACUAGUGGCGUCGGCCUAAAGCGUUAUGUGUGCAAAAUUUGUUCUCGCAGCUAUUCGCACCCCAGUGGGCUAAACUAUCACAUGCGGCAUAAGCAUUGCUAGUAAAAACGUACGUGUUAAAGCAUUGAUAUCCAAUUCUUAUUUAAAUAUUUAAGUAAACUGUACGAUACGACAGUUAUAAAAAAGUACAGCGGUAUUUUAGACAUAAAUAUGCACAGACUUAUAAAAAAAUAGUUUUAAAAAGUAAAGUACGGCGCAAAAGCGUUAAAAAAGUUAA